GAGCGAGGAGGACACAUGCCAACCCCCUUAUCUCCCCUCUUCUCCUGGCACUGGACAACCAUGCGUCCGCUCCGGACUCCCCUCGCCCUGGUCUGCCUCUGCCUGGGGGUCCCCUCUGCCCUCUCCCUCUCACAGGACCCCUCCCUGCUGCCUGGAAACUGCAGUAACAGCCAGCUAACACCCCCUGAAGCCCACCCAGCUCCCACCAGCCUGAGGAUCUUCAGUGUGGACUACCACCAUGUGCAGGCCCCAUUUGAGAUUGGACUGUGGAUCAUGUUGGCUUCACUGGCUAAACUGGGAUUCCACUGGUCUGGGCGUAUCCCUGCUGUGGUCCCGGAGAGCUGCCUGCUCAUCAUGGUGGGCCUGCUGGUGGGCGGGGUCAUCUACGGCGUCCGCCACGCUGCGCCGCCGGUCCUGAGCGCGGACGCCUUCUUCCUGUACCUCCUGCCCCCCAUUGUGCUGGACGCGGGCUACUUCCUGCCCGGGCGGCUCUUCUUCGAGAACCUGGGCACCAUCCUGUGGUACGCGGUGCUGGGCACGCUGUGGAACGUGCUGGGCAUCGGCGCGUCCCUGUACGGGGUGUGCCGGCUGGGGCCCUGGGGGCUGGGGGAGGUGUCCCUGCUGCACUGCCUGCUUUUCGGCAGCCUCAUCGCGGCCGUGGACCCCGUCGCCGUCCUCUCCGUCUUCGAGAAGAUCCACGUCAACGAGCAGCUGCACAUCCUGGUGUUUGGGGAGUCGCUGCUCAACGAUGCUGUUACCGUGGUCCUGUACAAGCUGUUUGAGUCCUUCCUGCAGAUGCCCUCAGUGUCAGGGCUGGAUGUGCUGGCGGGGGGUUGCCAGUUUGUGGUGGUGGGGCUGGGGGGCCUCUGCGUGGGGCUGUUCUUCGGCAUGGUGGCUGCCCUCACCACCCGUUUCACAGCCCGGGCCCAAGUGAUCGCGCCCCUCUUUGUCUUCCUGUACAGCUACCUCUCAUACCUCACCUCCGAGAUGCUGCACCUGUCUGGGAUCAUGGCGAUUGUGACCUGUGCCGUUAGUAUGAAGCAGUAUGUGGAGGCCAACGUAUCCCAGGAGUCCAACACCACCAUAAAAUACUUCCUGAAGAUGUGGAGCAGUGUCAGCGAGACUCUGAUCUUCAUCUUCCUGGGCGUGUCCACCAUCCAGGAUGUACACAUGUGGAGCUGGCCCUUUGUCUCUGCCACACUCUUCCUGUGCCUCUUCUGGAGGGCCCUGGGUGUGCUGCUCCUGACGGCCGUGAUGAACAAACUGCGGCGAAACCCUGUCACCUUUCGGGACCAGUUCAUCAUUGCCUACGGUGGCCUGAGAGGGGCAAUAUGUUUUUCUCUGGUCUUCUUGAUCGAUGACUUCCCUAAGAAGAGACUCUUCAUCACCACUACUAUUGUGGUCAUCCUCUUCACAGUCUUUGUGCAGGGCAUGACCAUUAAACCACUGGUGGAGUUGCUGGAAGUGAAGCGCAGGAAGAGGGCGCCCCCUACAGUCAGUGAAGAGAUACACAGUCGGCUUUUGGAUCAUCUGCUGUCUGGUAUUGAGGAUAUUGUUGGGUACUGGGGCCAGCACUACUGGAAAGACAAGUUUGAACAGUUUAACAGAAAGUACCUGAGGAGGUUUCUGAUCAGAGAGGACACUCAGCCCAAGUCCAGUAUUGUGCUGCUGCACCAGGAGCUGGAACGCAGGGAGCAGACAAGAGAGGAGGAUCAUGGGAGGAUAGAGAGGACUCAGACUGCUGAAGACAAUAAUGUCCAAAGCAGACCCUUACUUCCUGAGGAAAUGGACAACAUCAGACAAAUACUUUCCAGAAAUCUGCACAACUUCAAUAGGAAGUUUCCUGCUUACAGCAGGCACACUCUGCAUCAGGACUUUUCUGUGGAGCGGAGCAGAAAUCCCCAUUUACACCGACACCAGAGUCUGCGGGAGAGGAGCUCUGCAUUAAGCAACCGCGGACAGUGGGCUUGGGAGGAGCCCAGGGACAGUGAGAGGGAGUGUAGGCUCACCAGGUCUUUAACAGUGGGCCAAAAUGCCAGACCCAUUUGUCCAGACCAACCAAGCCCGGUGGACCUAAGUCCAAAUGAGCCGUUGAGCAUCCACCGAGAUAGGGAGGGAAUCACAGGACCAGGGGAGGAACCGGCCCCACACCCUCCUUCUGGAGCCACACGAGACAGGGCCCCAAAAAAACUGAGCUUUGUUUUGGAGGAUGAGAGGGAGAAGUAGACACAGUGCCCUCUUCCCCUCCACCUUUCUCUGAAGCCAUUUGGCGUGUCUGUCUUCCCACUUUAAUUGCAUUCCAGCUGUCUGGAGUGAAGCAGUAAGAAAAUAAUUUUUACCUUCAAAGAUUUGCUUUGACUUUGGGGUCAAGAGCACUGAUUAGCUGCUGUUUAUUUUGAGGCACACAUUUUUUUAUAAGACAUAUUAAACAGUUUGAUACCUCAAUGCUUGGAAAGGAAAUGGUUCAGUCCUGAAAUUUUAUGUAGAUGGAGAAAAUAAAAAUAAAAAAGUA